AUGCUGGAGGACGGGGUGCUCUCUGGAACGUCUCAUGGGGGUUUGUACAAGAAGUCUGGAAAACUUGUGUUCCUGGGCUUGGAUAACGCAGGCAAAACCACUCUGCUGCACAUGCUCAAAGACGACAGGCUGGGUCAGCAUGUCCCGACACUACAUCCCACAUCAGAGGAGCUGACAAUUGCUGGAAUGACCUUUACGACUUUUGAUCUGGGUGGACACGAGCAAGCUCGCCGAGUUUGGAAGAACUACCUGCCGGCCAUCAACGGCAUUGUCUUCCUGGUGGACUGCGCAGAUCACUCGCGUCUUAUGGAAUCCAAAGUUGAGCUUAAUGCCCUAAUGACAGAUGAAACAAUAUCCAACGUGCCAAUCCUCAUCUUGGGUAACAAAAUCGACAGACCGGAGGCUAUCAGCGAGGAGAAACUGCGGGAGAUCUUUGGGCUCUACGGACAGACCACGGGAAAGGGAAACGUGCCACUGAAAGACCUGAACGCACGGCCCAUGGAGGUGUUCAUGUGCAGCGUGCUGAAGAGGCAAGGCUACGGCGAGGGUUUCCGUUGGCUAUCGCAGUACAUUGACUGACCCCGGGGACGGACGUGAAGGGUUUUAUUCCUCUGGACUGAUCCUGCUGGCGGCUUCCUACGGACUUUUCUCACAGGGCGCGGGAGGCUUUCCAACCGCGGCCCGGCGCUCGCCGAGAGACUCCUGGUUUUCGGCUGCCCUGGUGGCACAGUGGUGACACGGCUCUUUUCCGCGCGGCGGUGGCGGGGGGAACACGGCACCCUUCCGCACGCGGGCGCGAGUCGUCCCUUUCCCUUGGGUGACAGCGGGG